AUGGGGUUUGACCAAUUGAUCACACAAUGCAUGAUGCAAUGCAUAACCACAGUUACUUACUCCUUUCUGAUUAAUAACGAGGUCGCGGGUAAUGUGCAUCCACAAAGGGAGAUCCGUCAGGGAGAUCCGCUGUCUCCGUACAUCUUCAUUCUGUGUGGAGAGGUUCUCUCAGGUCUCUGUAAGAAAGAACAAGCAAGAGGAACAUUAGCUGGUCUGAAAGUGGCAAGAAAUAGCCCAAACAUCAACCACUUACUCUUUGCAGACGACACCAUGUUCUUUACAAAAACCGAUCCCCAAUGCUGCGCUUCACUACUUAGUAUACUUCACAGAUAUGAAGCAGUGUCCGGACAGAAGAUAAACACGGCAAAGUCUUCUAUCUCCUUCUCUGCAAAGACACCUCAGGACAUCAGGCAGAGAGUUAAGGAUCAUCUCGGAAUUGAAAAAGCAGGAGGGGUAGGAAAGUAUCUUGGCUUACCUGAGCACUUCGGCAGGAAGAAGAUAGAUCUCUUUGCUUCCAUUGUGGACAAGAUCCAUCAGAAGUCAGUAAGCUACAGCUCCCGAUUCCUCUCCACUGCAGGCAGAGCCACUAUGGUACAAUCUGUACUAUCCCCAAUCCCCUCGUUUGCGAUAACUUGUUUUGAGCUUCCUGUGGGAUUAUGCAAACAAAUACAAUCAGAGUUAACGAGAUUCUGGUGGAACUCUAAGGAAGGUGAAAAGAAAAUCUGCUGGACUUCAUGGGAUAAACUGACCUUACCUAAACAACUAGGCGGACUGGGUUUUCGAGAUAUCCAACUUUUCAAUCAGGCGCUGCUAGCGAAAAUAGGUUGGAGAAUCAUCACCAAGCCGGAGUGUCUACUAGCCAGAACCUUGCUAGGUAAAUACUGUCACUCCACCUCUUUCCUCAAAGUCUCCAAGCCCUCCAAUGGAUCACACGGCUGGAAAAGAAUCCUCCUUGGAAGAGACCUUCUCCUCAAGCACUUAGGUAAAGCAAUAGGGGAUGGAGAAAUGCCCCUGCAAGACCAAGAUCUUUUGGUGUCGGACCUCCUUUCGAGAGAAACAAAGGAGUGGAACCAAGCUCUUAUUGAGAAACUCCUCCCGGAACUGAAGGAACAUAUUCUCAGCAUUCGUCCAAGCAUCACUGGUACAAGCGACUCCUACAUCUGGACACAGCAGAAAUCGGGAAUUUAUUCAGCAAAAUCAGGAUAUUAUGCAGCACAAAGGGAAAAAAUCCAAUCGACAUCUACACUCUUGGAUCACCCUAACUGGAAUUGGCAAAAGUACAUCCGGAACCCAAAGCUGCUCCCUAAAGUGAAGUUCUUUAUUUGGAGAUGUGCGAUAAACAAUCUGCCUACUGGAGAGAACCUACAAAAGAGAGGCUUGCUAACUCAUACCUUAUGCACCAAAUGUGGAGAAGUAGAAACUUUGGAGCACAUAUUGUUCCAAUGCGAAACAGCCAAGAAAGUGUGGGAACUCUUCCCCUGGACAGUCACGCCAGAUCCUCAAGACGUUUCCCCAUUUCGCUCCAUGCUCCAAUCAUCCUUCACCAAGGUAAAUCUACCACCUCUGGGUACCUCCGCUAAUCUCUUCGCUUGGAUAUGUUGGAGUUUGUGGCUUAACAGGAAUCAGCUUACUUUUGAGAACAAACAAGUAGCCCCAAUCGAAAUUCUCUCCAAAUCCAUCCGGCUCCUCAAAGAUUGGGAACACGCGCAGAUCAAGCCACCCCAAGCCCCCAACAUCCCACCGCCACUGUUCCCUAAUCAGAUCGCUGCGUCUUCAACCACCGUCUGCUUCACCGAUGCGGCAUGGAACAAAGCUACCAACGAAGCGGGUUUGGCUUGGAUUUUCACAACCCGAUCAGGACAGGAAAUCAGCCGAGGCUGCCUCUAUCAGGAACACGUCUCCUCAGCGCUCAUGGCGGAUUCUCUGGCGAUACGGGCUGCUCUAGGACACGCCGCCUCGCUCGACAUCACAAUAAUCUGGCUCAGAUCAGACUGCAAAGGGCUUAUUCAAGCCAUCACCACGAAUCAUCGCUCGGUUGAACUCUUUGGGGUUCUUGCGGACAUUGAAUCGAUUAUCUCUACUGCUUUCCUUUCCUUUCACGCUUCUUUUCUUCCAAGAUCACAAAAUGGACCUGCUGACUCUCUUGCUAAGGCUUCACUUUGUAACAAAACUUCCCCACACUAA